AUACAACAAGUCAGUUUGGUUGCGCACGCGCUGCCGCGAACCUGCCGCGUUCUUGACGGUUGCAGCACUGUAAAUGGAUACUACGAGGUUGGAGUGAAACCAGCAAGUCUUUGGUUUGACGAGUACAUCAUCGGGAACGAACCAUCAAUCUGAAGUACACUCACAGGAGUAAUUACUAAUAGAACUUAGUCUCCAAGAUGACGUCAGAAGUAAAUGAAUGGUAUAGAGGGCGCAAAGUACUCAUCACCGGGGCCUCAGGUCUUAUGGGGAAGGUCCUCAUAGAGAAGCUCCUGUACAGUGUUCCAGACAUUGGCUGCAUAUACGGCCUCAUCCGUAGCAAACGCGGGAAAUCGCCGGAGUCACGCAUCGAAGACAUGUGGAAAUUGCCAUUGUUUUCAAGAAUAAGAGAUGAGAAACCACAUGUUAUGAAGAAGCUGAUACCAGUCAGUGGUGAUAUACUAUAUGAUAAUCUUGGAAUCGAGGAGAAAUCGCUCAAUGAAUUAUAUAGUGAGGUAUCCGUAAUAUUCCAUUUCGCAGCCAGUUUGCGUCUGGAAGCUCCUCUCAAGGAGGGCUUGGACAUGAACACCAAGGGUACGCUGAGAGUUAUAGAAGUGGCAAAGAAUAUGAAAAACCUGGCGGCCUUUGUGCAUCUUUCCACAGCUUUUUGUUACCCCGACUAUCAUCGACUUGCAGAGAAAGUGCACGAUCCCCCAGCAGAUCCCCACGAGGUGCUCCGCGCAGCUAACUGGCUCACCGACAAGCAAAUGAACCUGCUUACCUCAUCCCUGUAUCAGAAACACCCUAACUCCUACACGUACUCUAAACGCCUGGCUGAAGCACUAGUGAGAGACAGCUACCCUCAGCUUCCGGCAACUGUUGUACGACCGAGCAUUGUAACACCGUCGUAUAGGGAACCAUUACCUGGCUGGGUGGAUAACCUAAAUGGGCCCGUCGGUGUAAUGGUGGGAGCUGGAAAGGGGGUCAUCAGAUCCAUGCAUUGUUACGGCCAGUGCCAUGCGGAGGUCAUUCCAGUGGAUAGCGCAAUUAAUGCAAUUAUUGUCAUCGCAUUCAGAAUUGGAACUAUGACUGAAAGGCCCCUAGAGAUCCCCGUUUAUAACCUAACUAGUGGAGAUGACAGGAAUACAACAUGGAAGGAUAUCCUGGACAUAGGAAAAAACACUAUUCGGAAUUAUCCGUUCGAAGGACCCUUGUGGUACCCAAAUGGAAAUAUAAGAAGUAACAAGUUUAUACACAGCCUCUGUGUAUUCUUCUACCAUAUUGUACCAGCUUACUUCAUAGAUUUCCUGAUGUUCAUAUUUAGACAGAAGAGAUUCAUGGUCCGCAUCCAAAACCGCAUAUCUGUUGGUUUAGACGUCCUACAAUACUUCACGACUCGAGAGUGGUGGUUCGAUACACACAACUAUAAGGCAUUGGCUCCCUCUUUGAACCACGUGGACACCCAACUAUUCCCGUUGGACUUAACAAUUAUAGAAGAUGAGCCAUAUAUCGAAAGUUGUAUCAUUGGCGGAAAACUGUAUUGUUUGAAAGAAAAGCUGGAAAAUCUACCUAAAGCAAGAUUGCAAAACAAUAUUCUGUACGUUCUCGACCAACUUGUUUCGGUGUUCUUUUAUUUGUUUCUGGUAUCCUGGAUGGCGUCAUACUCGGGUUUCUUACGAGACAUUCUUUCCUACGGCGGACCGCUCGUCCGGCAUUUGCCAUUUGUCGGUAAAGUCGUUUUUAAUGACCAGUGAACAGAAAUACAGAUAAAAAAUUAUAAUAAGAAAUGUUAUAAUUUUACAUUGUUAAUAUUUCUAACUUAUGUACCUGGUCUAGUAUUAUUUUACAUUAUACUUUUAGUUAUAUUAGAUUUGUAACUUAAAGGAAUAGAGACAACUUAUUCUACAUAUUAUACUGGCUAAUAAAAAUCAUUGUUUUAUUAAGUUUUUAUUUACAAUAUUAUGUUUUUGAGAUUAAUGAAGUAUAGACAUUAAUGAAAGUUUACAUUCAAUAUUGGGCUGAUCAUGUAAUAUAAGAUCAAGUGUGAAUAUUUUAGAUUGGGCACAAACUGAUUUCUUGGAUCUCAUAAUUGUCUAAGUUCCGACUGUGCAACUACUAUAUAACUAUAUACUAAUUAGUUUACCUAACUCCUUGCGCCAGUAAUUAUAGUACAGAUCUUCUUAAUGUAAAAUAAAAAGUACGCAGUAUAUUAUUGGGACUUCAUUAAUGUGUUUUUCUCUAUACUAUACCAAUGUAUUAUUUUCUCAAUGCGAUUAUAUGGUGCUGUUUGUAAUAAACUUAUAUACUAUAUUACACUUGUUUUUGUUUCAUUUCAAUUCAUGCAGUAUUAAUAAAGAUAUUGCCAUAGAUAGUUCAUACACUGUAUUGCAUUCCCACGCUUGACGAGACAGACCCUUUCACUAUGUCUUUUUAGUAAAUACAAUUUAAUGUACAUUAAUAUUAUAAAGAGAGAGUGUAAAAUUUGUACACGUGUGUGAUUAUCUUAAUCAAUCACCGGAAUCACUGCUAUGUGUUAUGGUUUCAGACAAUUCCAUAGUA